CAACCCUAGGCUUAUUCCUAAUAAAACAAACCUAUUUUGGUGAUUAAUCUGCAUUAGCAUGAUUCCUGAAUCCAUAUUUUCUCUCAUGUUUCCUAAGAAGGGUCUCUACGAUUACUCUAUCUCUUUGUGUGAAUGUCUCUGCCAUUACUAUCUCUACCUUUGUGUGUGUGUGUUGUGUGUUAACGUUAUUGGUUUUUUUUUAGCCUUUUUUGUGAUGAAGUUUUUGCUUUAUCUUGCUUAUGUUUACUGUCUCUCCAUCUCUCUCUGUGAAUUUCUCUGCCAUUAUUAUCUUUGUGUGCCUGUUAUGUUAUUGGAUUUGUUUUAGCCUUUAAAGUGGUGACAUUUUACUUUUCUGGCUAAAUGCUGAAUACAAAGAAGAGACAAAGGAAACUGAAAGUAUGAAGAUCUCAAAGAUUCUCAUGACUUAUAGUUCUUAGUAAGAGUAGGGCUUACAAUACAGUAGUGGUGUAGCCAUAUAGGAUGAAUAAAAUACAGAAGGCUGUUCACCUAGCACAUGAUUUCCCCUCAAGCAGUACCACAGAUAUCAAACAUGCCCGGCUUUCUAUUAUGUAGCUAAGUUCCUCCAAGAGGCUUAUUUAGCAUAUGCAAAUUGCAAUUUGCUCCUGCCUUCAGAAGGAGAGAAGUUUAUCUGGUAGCUGCUCUUUAUGAAUAAAAUUAUGCUAAAAACUCCAUGCAUUCUGUCCUAUUAUGUUUGAUGGGAAUAGGGACUUUUCUAAUAGUUGCUUUGUUUUUGCAGGAUAAAUUAAUUGAGCCUUGAACUGGAAAUCCAAGUUCUUGUAUUAAAUUUCAGCUCCAGUCCAUCACGAGCCUCCACAAUCCAUUGACUUGAAUCAAAUUCUCAGGACACAAACAGAGCAUAAGGAAGGGAGAAAGAAGAACAAGAGAUGAAUGUUGUCAGUUUCAACAAAAGCAGAUGGAGGAAGAAGACCCCAAAUAGAUCCUUAUUUUUCUCUAUUUCCCUCAUUCUUUUGGUCUUCUUCUUUUGCUUGAUUUCUUACGCAGGAGGCCCUUUCUCUGUCCCUACAAGUUCAAAUAAAACCCUUAAAUCUCAGUUACCCCAUUGCAGCAGAGAAACCAUUGGGGAGAAUUUUCUCUGGUUUGCUCCUCACAGUGGUUUCAACAAUCAGCUAGCAGAGCUCAAGAAUGCCAUCUUAGUGGCAGCUAUUCUGAAUCGAACCCUGAUUGUGCCCCCUAUUCUAGAUCAUCAUUCUGUUGUUUUGGGGAGUUGUCCAAAAUUUAGGGUUUUGGACCCAAAAGAACUUCGGAUGGCUGUCUGGAACCACAUAAUUGAGCUCCUUCAGAGUCGCAGGUAUGUUUCCAUGGGUGACAUUGUGGACCUUGCUUCUCUGGGGCCUUCUUCCACAGUUAAAACCAUUGAUUUCAGGGUCUUUGCCUCCUUAUGGUGUGGAAUGAAGGUAGAUCUUUCUUGCUUUGAUGUGUUGAAGGAAGGAGACCCAUUCCUUGAAAACUUAAGAAAGUGCGGUUCACUGCUUUCAGGAAUGGAUGGCAAUGUUGACAAUUGUAUUUAUGCAUUAGAUGAAGAUUGCAGAACUACAGUUUGGACUUACAAUGAAAAUGAUGAAAAUAAGUUGGAUUCCUUCCAACCCGAUGAACACCUCCGGAAGAAGAAGAAAAUUUCCUACAUCAGGAGACGUAGAGAUGUAUACAAGACCCUUGGACCCGGGUCAGAAGCUGCAUCUGCCACUGUCCUAGCUUUUGGAAGUCUCUUCACUGCCCCAUACAAAGGUUCACAGCUAUAUAUUGAUAUCGAUGAAGUACCAAGAGAUCAUAGAAUACAAUCUUUGCUUCAGAAGAUUGAAUUCCUUCCGUUUGUCCCUGAAAUUAUGAAUGCUGGAAAGAAGUUUGUGGUUGAGAGGAUAAAGGCCCCUUUCCUUUGUGCGCAACUUAGGUUGUUGGAUGGGCAGUUCAAGAAUCACCAGAAAGCUACUUUUUCAGGGCUUAAGCAGAAAGUUGAAUCUCUAAGGCAGAAUAAUCCUCUCCCCAUCCACAUUUUUGUAAUGACUGAUCUUCCAGAAGUUAACUGGACAGGAAGCUACUUGGGGGACUUAGCGAGGGAUUCAGAUUCAUACAGGCUAUAUAAUCUGCAGACAGGGAGUGAGUUGGUGCAACAGACUGCAGAGAAGCUCAUGGCUGCAGGACAUGGCGUGAGGUCUGGGAUUCUUGCCAGUCUUGGUGGAAGGAGUUCAAUGAAGAACAAAUGUCCACGUGGGAUAUCACCUGAUAUACUUCUAUACAUAGAGGAAACUAUUUGCAGCUGUGCUUCUCUUGGUUUCAUUGGGACUGCUGGAUCAACCAUUGCUGAAAAUAUACAGCUAAUGAGAAAAAAUGGCAUUUGCUCAGAGUCUGGGUCUUCCUGAAUUGUGACCAUUUAGUUUGGGUUUCAAGUUCAUCAAGUUGGGAUUGGUCUGCUCAAAGUUUUAUCCAUCCACAGUUCUUGGUUGGGAAUGAUAUAGCGGUGAGAAUACCUUCCCGGAAAACUGAAAUUGGUUCACCAGUCCUCAAGAUUCCUGAAGCAUUAGUUCAUUGAUGUAUCUGCCCCACUACUAGGUUGAUACUGCACAUCUGAUGGAAUAAUCUUAAAUGGAGCAUAUCAUUCCCCUAGAUCUUUGAUUAUAAACUUUAUGGGCAUAUGCUGCAUACUCAUUUGACGUUCUGGUGACGAGUAACAACAGUAAAAUACUUUCCUCCUUGUGGUCCAAAAUGGAAGAAAUCAUUUCUUAAUUGAAGAAUACAUAUUUGAUUGGUCACAGGAAGAUUCUUGAAGCUUCAGCUCGAUGAAGGCGAAAAAUUAAAUUUGGGCCAUCAAAAAUAGGAAUCAAACUACAGCCAUCCCGGAAGUCUUCCAAUAAAAUUGUUCACAGCUUCCAUUCUUUGAUGGUGUUAAUACUAUUUAUCAACUCAUUCAUUCUGAUCAACAAUAAGAGUUUAGAAGAGAGAUCUAAUCAAUUCUUUUUUUUUUCUUUUCAGCAAUCAAAUCUUUGUUCCUGCAGAAUAUAGUGAUUGAAAGUCACAAGAACAACAUGAAGUAAUGAACCUUUUUGCAGGUUAUGAAUAUGAGUUUGGAAUUGAACAUGGCAGGUUAUGAUUUUGAACUA